AUGACACAGGCGAUAGUUGUUGGAGUAUUGGCGCUUCAAGGUGCGUUUAUAGAACAUAUAAAGUUGUUUCAAGCUGCAACCCAAAAAAUUCCGGGCCAUGAAUUUUCUUUUAUAGAGGUCAGAACGGCCAACCAGUUAAAAACAUGCCAGGCUUUGGUGAUCCCCGGAGGAGAAAGCACCGCCAUGUCUCAUAUAGCUCAACGGACCGGAAUUAUAGAGCCACUUAUGGAGUUCAUCAAGUCGGAACGUCCAGUGUGGGGCACCUGUGCGGGAUUGAUUUUUUUAUCGAAACAGCUUGUUAAUGGAAAGCCCGAACAGACUAUUUUGGGAGCUUUGGAUAUCGAGGUGACUCGAAAUGCAUUUGGAAGACAGCUUCAAUCUUUUAGUUCCGACUUGGACUUUUCCUCUUUCAUCGAGGGGGUCACCGAUUUCCCCACAAUUUUCAUACGAGCACCGGUGGUCACCAAGGCACCGGCCGACAAGCAUGUAACUGACUCGAAAGUGAUACAGGCUCCGUUCGACUACAAGAAUGAAUCUCCAUUGGAAGUGCUCCAUAAGCUCGAUACCGGCCUUAUCGUUGCCGUUCGUCAAGGACAAGUUUUGGGAACAUCAUUCCACCCUGAAUUGGGAGAAGACAGCAGAUUUCACCAGUGGUUCUUACAGGAAUUCGUAUUAGCAUCUAUAUAG